AUGUAUCGCCUUAUAGUAUUAAUAAUUUUAUCCCAUAUUCAUUUUGGUGAAGUUGUGAACGGGACCGAGUGUGUUAGGGCGAGCAGUGGCGAUUUUUCCAGUGUUAGUGUGUAUGACUAUUAUUUAUACAAAACGGAUAAGAAGCUGAGUGAUGCGUUCCACGUUGUUACGAAUAAGUUCGGCAAUCGGGAUUUCGCUGAGGCAGCGUAUUAUGCGACUUAUAUCGGCGGUGAUGUGUACUUGGAAGAGAGCGGUGCCUUGUAUGUGGAGAUGCCCAAUAAAUUCGACAGAUGGCUCCACAUAUCAAAUAAAGACUUCUGCAUAGAUUACGAGCUGACGGAGAACGGCACGGUCUCGGAAACUCCUCAGUUUUGGGUGAAUUACGAAGCGGCACCAGAGCGCCAGAAGAACUCGGUUGUGUUUGUCGUGGCUUUGGGCGUCUCGUCCUUCUUCCUGUUCUUAGUUCUCCUCAUAUACAUCUUGCUGCCAGACAGCCAGAACUUGGUGGGCAAGAUACGAAUGUGUUACGUCAGUAGCUAUAUUGUAUAUUUCGUAUCAUUGGCUGUUAUCCUCGGCAAACUACAUUCUGAGACGACGUGCGUCGUUUUAUCUUUCAUAGCAUACUUUUCAAUUAUCGCUACAUGUUGCUGGAUGAACAUCAUGUCUUAUGACAUUUGGUCUACAUUUAGAAGCAGAUCCAGCACCAAGUUUUCAGGAUCGAGCGAGCGACGAAGAAUUGAAAGGAGGAAAUUCAGACGAUAUUGCUACUAUGGUUGGGGUCUGCCUAUGUGUAUGGCCAUUGGACUUAUGAUAAUUAAUUCUCUAGAUAUGACGGAUGUGCCAUGGUUCAUUACUCCACAAAUACCUGCUUAUGGGUGCUUCUUAAUAGAUGGUCAGCAGUUGGUGUACAUGUAUAUUCCCAUGCUUAUACUGGUCAUGGUGAAUUGUGUUCUAUUCUUCUUAACAGCCUGCAGCAUUUGGGCUUCUAUGCAAGGGAAUGAGGUUUUAGGAGCAGCAGCUACUAAGCGACAGCAGCAAAGGUUCAAGAUCUGCAUCAGGCUGUCUGUAACAAUGGGGGUCAGUUGGAUUUGGGAGGUAAUAAGCUUCCUGGUACCAGCUGCAGAUGCUUUUGCUAUAUACUUCGAUCUCUAUAACGGUUGCAUUGGAUUCCUAAUCUUCCUCAUCUUUGUCUGCAACAGGACUAAGCUCGCCCAUCUUAAAGCAAGAUACGAGUCUUGGCGGAAUCCAAAGACCUUCAAUCAAAACAGUACGACAAAUGGAUCACAGGCCGUCGCUAUGAAGAGAUUGGAUAAUUCCAUGAGCAAUACUGAUUUUUAG